AUGCAUCUCACCAUACUCUUCUUGUUUUCAUUUGUCGUAGCUUCUCAUGCUGCUGCCUUAUAUCCAGCUAAUGUUGUUAACACACCUUGUGGUUACUGCUACUGCUGUGGGCCUGUAACUUCGCAACAGAAUCCUUGUUGUGCUAUGGGCUGUGCAAAUGGAAACAGAUGUCCCACAGUGUUCUUCCCAGCUCCUGUGCCCUUGAUUGAGACUAACCCUCCGAGCACACAGCUCAUCACUGAGACCACAACGGCUCUUGUCCCCACAACACAUAUCGUUUCUCCACUUGGAGAUUUACCUUCUAUGCCUUCACCUGUACCUUGCACAAUUGAGACAUGUCCUCCAUCACCUAUUGUUGAUCCAAUUAACCUUCCACCUAAUUCCGAAAACUUUGGAAAUCUCCCACAAGGUCCUCCAGUUACUCCUCCUUAUCCAAAUGUCCAAAUCGCUCCAAUCAGAACUGCCACAGCAGAAGAGAGUCGUCAAGUGAUCCCUUGUGGAAAUAACGUCUCCCCAUGUGGUAAUCCUUGUACCGGAGUUGCUCCAUCCGCUCCAUGUGGUAAUACUCAACAACCUUGCCAAAAUCCAUGUCAAGUUAUUCCUCCUCCCGAAGCUCAGCCAUGCUGUUUAGUAUACAUUAGCCAAGGUAAAGCUCAAGUCUUCUGCGGAUGUGAUGGAAAUGGAACUUGUAUCAAUAACCCUCAGCAAGUAUUCUCUACCUGUAAGCCUAAGGCUGUCAUCGACGUCAAUAUCAAAGAGUCAUACAUCAUUCCAUGCUAUCAAGCUGUCAGCUUUGGAAUCAAGUUGAGCGAAAUCGAAGGAUGUCCUGCAGAUGGUUUGAGUGGAGGUGCUACUGGCUUGACCAUCUUCUUGUCAAUCGCAUUAGCUGCUUUGAGUCUUCUCCUGUGUGAUUCAUAG